CGUUACACAACAUCCAGGGAAAAAGGAGUGGGAGUGGCGAGAGGGUGACUGUGUGUGAGAGAGCGAAGAGGAGCCAAGAUGUCCCUGUACAGAAACACCAUUUGGUUCCUGAAAGGGAUGAGAGAAUACACAAAAAGUGGGUAUGAGACUGCAGCAAAACAAUUUGUAGCAGAAGAUUUGGAGGUCGAUGUCAAGGGAAGAUCUUAUAUGAUCACUGGGGCAAACAGCGGUAUAGGCAAAACUGCCGCAUUGGCAAUUGCAAGGAAAGGUGGAACUAUUCACUUAGUGUGCAGAAAUAAGGAAAGAGCAGAAGAAGCGCAGAGUGAAAUCAAAGCAAAUAGUGGAAAUGAGAACAUUUUGGUGCAUUUGCUGGAUAUGUCUGACCCCAAACAAAUAUGGGAAUUUGUUGAGAAGUUCAAGACUGAGCAUAAACUGAAUGUUUUGAUAAACAAUGCCGGGUGUAUGGUCAACAAGCGGGAACUGACUGAAGAUGGUCUAGAGAAAAACUUUGCCACCAAUACUUUGGGAACAUACAUUCUAACAACUGCACUGCUGCCAGCUUUGGAGAAAGAAGAGGAUCCCAGAGUCAUAACGGUUUCCUCAGGAGGAAUGUUGGUUCAAAAACUGAAUGUGUCGGACCUGCAAUUGGAGACAGGCACAUUUGAUGGCACAAUGGCAUAUGCACAGAACAAGCGACAGCAAGUUAUACUAACAGAGCAGUGGUCUAAAUCCAACCCCAACAUCCAUUUCUCAGUCAUGCACCCAGGCUGGGCUGACACACCAGCGGUGAGAUCCUCAAUGCCAGACUUCUAUGAAAAGAUGAAGAACAGGUUACGCACAGAGGAGCAAGGUGCAGACACAGUGGUAUGGCUGGGAAUAUCCUCCUCCGCCAAGAAGCACCCAAGUGGCCUGUUUUUUCAAGAUCGGAAACCUGUUUCUACUCAUUUACCCUUUGCUCUUACACAUUCCUCUGCUGGGGAUGAAGAAAAAUUUAUGGAGAGCUUGAAGGAACUUUCCAAAAAAUUUGCACCCUCAUCUGGUAAUUUAUAACACUACCUCAAUGACCAUUUGCUCACCCGGUGGCCUUAGUAGUGCAGAUGGCGAUCGGAAACUCACACAAUGAUUUCACUUCCAGUCAAAUCACGGAGGGUUAAUAGUACUGUAUAUGACAGGUGACUGAGAUUUACAUUUUUUAAGACUCAUCUGAAGAAAUACCGCAGAAUACUUUUCUUUUCCUUCAACCACACAGCAUUAGGCUUAUAGAACACAAGACAAAAUGUCUGAUAAUUCAGCUUUUGUGUGUAUCAGACUACACUUUGCUUUAACCUUGCAUUAACCUCAGGAUAGGAAACCAUUGAACAGGAGUGCAGUGACUGCAAUUGCUACAAUUGGGCUACAAGUCAUCCUAGUCUAACCAAUAUAACGAAACGUAGCUUCUUUCUUGAGCUGACCAUCCAAUUUAUACAAUUUUCAGUACAUGUAUCGCAACCCAGUGAUCCCAGCCAAUAUCCAUGUUGCUUCAGAGAUGAGACCUAUUUAAACAAUGUAAUAGUCCAUGUCUGCUAGCAUAUAGUGCAUUAUCAGAUGAGUUUGUCCACCUUAAAGGAUAAGUAAAUGUAAAAUGGAUGAGGGUGCUAUUUUAAGUACUUUUGUUGUUUACAUUCAUUAUUUAUUUUUCUUCAAUUCCAAGAUAUUAAGGGAUAUAUGUACUGUUAAAAUAAAUGAAGUUUUUUACACCUGCUGAUCAGUUUCCAACAAGUAGUCAAGUAAGUUGUCAAGAGAAAGAAAGGGGCUGCUCUGAUGUUCUUCUAAUUAGGAAAACAAUUAAAAACAUUUCUCAAACCUUUCCUAAGCAGAAGAACAUCAGAUCAGCCUCUUUAUUUUUCCUGACAACUUCCUUGACUACUUGGUGGUCAGAAUGGUCAGAGACUGACCAGCGGGUGGCGCUGUUGUAACAAAAUUCAUUAAUUAAUUAAACAGUACAUGUAUCCUUUAAUAUCUUGGAAUUAAAGAAACAUAAAUAAUGAAUGUAAGUAAAAAAAGUGCUUAGAAUAGUACCCUCAUCCAUUUUAAAUUCACUUAUUUUGAAGGUUUACUUAUCCUUUAAGUAAGGACACAAUUACUCAUUAGUAGUAGGGUGUACUUUAUUUCCUAUUGUAUGAGACUGCCUAGAGUAAAGCAGGCUGCUGUGUAAAAUCAAUCAUGUUGGCCUAUUGUGGCCGGACAUACUCUAUUUACUCUAUUUACUAAAUACCCAAACUAAAAUAAAUGUAAUUGAAACAAUUAGUUCACACAUUAAAAUAAUACGAGCAAAUGCAUAAUUACAUAGGCAACUAGAAAAACAGUCUUGUUCAUGCUGGUCUUGGGCCAUGAAUGAUACAGAGGCAACACUUUUAUUUCAUAUAAUUAAAUCUUAAUAUAUGUCCCAAAGGAAGUUCCACUGACAUCUCCUUUUACUUAGCCUGUGCUCUGAACUUGAGUUGUAUUAAUGCUUUUUUUAUAUUAUCAUGUGAUCUAAAAUAAUAAUAAUAAUAAGAGAGGAUAUUCCAAAUAUAAUGGGAUAGUCUCUGAGCCCAUGUAGCCAAGCCCGAGGAUUAGUGAAGUGUGUUACUCAUACAGGGUUAUACAUAAUCUGCAUAUGGUGAGAUUGUUCCCAAAUGACAUAUCACACGAUGAAGCAGAAGUCGCUUCUAUUCUCUUUAGUGAAUCGGGUCUAUAUGGCCAUGAGACUCUUCCCUAUAUUCGGAACCCUAUGUGGCCCUUUUCUACUAUGCCCUAAUGAUGACCUAAAAGGAACAGUAACUCCUUUAUGCUCUGUUUGCCAAUUUAAAGAGUAUUUGAUUUGGGGCCAAGAGUUUGAGUAAUCACUAGGCUGUCAGUGCAAGUCACAUGGGAAGGUGUAUAUGGAAGUCUGCAGUGGUUAAGAGCACAUCUGCUCCGGAUUUAAGGAUCCAACAUGAAAUGAAAGAAAUAUAUAUUUAACAUAUAUGCAUUAUUCCUUAUGUUGCCAUAUCUAAUACUGUCCCACAGCUGGCACUUUCAGUUGUACAUGAAACCAAAGCAGGGUACUAUUAUUUUUUUUUCUUCAAUGUGGAAAUACCAUAACCUGCUAAUAAAUAAAGCUCUCAAUUUGUUUG